AUGCGCCCUUCCUGUGCUUUGUUUCUGGCCGCCUAUGCCGUAUAUACUUCUGCUUCACUCUACCCUACCACGCCCGUCUCUGCAACGGCUUGGAUCGCUGGAACCUCCCAUUGGACGACCUGGAUAGACGACAAGACUUCCCCGCGUUUGUCAAACAUCGGCCAAGUCACCAUAAACAUGUACUCUGAGAAUGAUACCCUGGCUCGCAACGUCUCACCUACGAAACGGAAACACAAAGUCCACAUCCCCAAGUACACCUAUUCAGAAGACUCGAAAUUUUUCCUCCGAUUCACGUCUAGGCGGCCUCGAUUGACGGUGUACACUGCGAUGUUCGAUGUCCUGCCCUUCCCUGACACAGCGAAGGCCGAAGCGCUCGCCCCGGCGGAUCUGAUGACUCUAAGUGCUCCUCCCACGACCUCGAACGCGACAGCGACUCCCACCAGUAGUAACAAUGCCUCUCCAGCUGAAACUACGAUCUACGCAGCUCCGCUUCCCAAAGGCGAGCGACCAGGGAAUACGAAUACAAAUGGCGACCAUGCAUCUAGGCGGAUAGACGUGGAGAAGCUUAAGUUCCGCAUCGUGUUUGUCUUAUGGCCUGCGCUUAUCGGGAUAUCCAUGUCGCUCUGA